UGUAUCUUUACUAAUUGCAGAGAAUGGUAGAUGAAGAAGAGUUGCAGUUCCAUGAGGAGUACAUGAAUGAACAAGAUCCUAGUAUUCUUCAUUUUCUGCUAGCAUCUGGCGACGAUGUCUCUAGCAAACAACUGCGCGAUGAUUUGAUGACACUGCUUAUAGCUGGGCAUGAGACAUCUGCUGCAGUACUGACAUGGACAUUUUAUCUUCUUUCCAAGGAACCUAGUGUGCUAGCCAAGCUUCAAAAUGAGGCGGAUGCAGUUCUUGGUGAUCGGUUUCCAACCAUGGAAGACCUGAAGAAACUGAAAUACACAACUCGAGUGAUUAAUGAAUCCUUGAGACUCUAUCCACAGCCGCCAGUUUUAAUCCGCCGUUCUCUUGAAAAUGACAUGCUUGGAGAGUACCCAAUUAGAAGGGGUGAAGAUAUUUUUAUUUCUGUUUGGAACUUGCAUCAUUGUCCCAAACGUUGGGAAGAAGCAGAGAGAUUUAACCCAGAAAGAUGGCCUCUGGAUGGACCUAAUCCAAAUGAGACCAACCAGGAUUUCAGCUACUUGCCAUUUGGAGGGGGACCAAGAAAGUGUGUUGGAGACAUGUUUGCUUCCUUUGAGACCAUAGUUGCAGUUUCAAUGCUUGUUCAACGCUUCAAUUUUCAAAUGGCAGUUGGAGCUCCUCCUGUUCAAAUGACUACAGGGGCAACAAUACACACAACACAAGGCUUGAAGAUGACCGUUACAAGGAGGAUGAGGCCUCCUAUAGUCCCCACAUUGGAGAUACCGGCGGUGAGAAGCGAUUCUUCAGUGAACGUUUCAGAUAUCAGCACAGCACCCGAUCAGAAAAGUGAAGUUUCCCCUUCUGUUUCCUAGUCUCCAAAUGUUCGUGGCUGCAACAUCAAAUCGCAUAUUAAGUGGUGAAUCAAGUACCGGAUGAGAAAAGGCUACCUUUGCUCUGCUUGUGUACGUUUGCAACGUAUGGUGUUUUCGAGGCGAACCAAUUUCUGGCUGAGAAAGGCUAUGUUCCCCAUCUCUCUCACGCCUAAAUCCAAUCCAAUGGCAUCAUUAGUUGCGCAGCAAGCGUGAUAAUGUCAAGGGAAGGUGGAAAAGAGUUGUGACUGCUGCCAAGUCCAUCACCAAAUGCAGAAAGUCUAUGCAGUAUGAUGGCUUUUGAAGCCUUUGUAGUUGUAAAUCUUGUAUCUAGAUUUUGAUGAACGAAAAAACCUCUUGUUUUCUCCAGUCAGCUAGUAUUUGUAUCAAUUCAUCUAACAAUAGCUUAUUUAGGUCGAUCAAUCCUCCAUUUGCUUCGCCAGGAUCGUUAUUUUUCCUCAGUUUAUCUACCGCUGCCCCAAGCUUCUUUGCUCUA